CAGUGUUCUGCUCUCGGCACUUGGGAACGAUUGACAAGAGCCGACGACAAUGGGUUCCCAUCCAAUAAGUUGAAGAGAAGAGGAUGACCUUGGGUGUCCGGCUGAAAGCUUGCUCAAGUGAAAAGCGAAGGCUGCUGGUGCUGGAGAGUGUAGGGAAACACCUACGCAAGUGAACACAGAAAAAAAGAUACCUACUUACACUUGGGGAGGUGGUGUGUAAGUAGGCAAACGAACGAGAGAGGAAAAGGGAGAGGACUCUGCAGGAUGUAACGGUCAUGGGUGUGCUGUGGCUCGCGAUGCUGCAGCCUCCGUUACAGCUGAUCGACUUCUUGGGCUCUUCAUUUUCCUAUAGAAGUCGGCGCUGAGGAAGGAGAACAGGUUUAUUGUUGUACAGUCAGUCGGGUCAGAACCCAGGAAACGAAGCUAGAUAUGCAGAACUUUAAAUUGGAAAGAAUGUUGUAAUCACAGUCAAGAUGAGGUUUAAUAAACAAGAGUUGAUGACUCUGGCUACUCAGCCCUCGCAGAAAUUUGAGAAGGAAGGUAUACUUUACGUGAGAGAGCGUCAGGAAGGCUUCUUUCGUAGAACUGAGAGUACAGGUAAAAAAGUUGAGAGCAAUAAACAAAAGGGCAAAACACAUAAGACUCUGCGAGACUUCAGUUGCGUUUCAGCCAGCACGAGUAAAGUAAGCCUCGAGCGAUGGUGCCGGUUGCGGGGCAAUCUUCUCUUUUACUUCAAGUCGCGGGAACAGUGGUCCGAGCCUCUGGGUGUCAUCAUACUGGAGCAGUUUUCCGUGCGCGUCGAGCAGCCCACCAAUCAGAUACCCUACGGCUUCAGCAUUGUAUUCGACGGCGGCGUUUACCAGCAACUGGGCACCAACACGCCGGAGGAGCGGGACAGCUGGCUGCAAGCUCUUCAACUGGCGAGCUACGACUGCAUGCGGAGCCAGCUACUGGCGCUCAGACAACGCAUGGAAGCGACCACCGGACACAAGAACGACACCGACAUCCACAUGCUUAGGCUCAAGCGGGGCAUCACCACUGAUCCAGCUGAAAUCCCGAUGUGCGAGAUCUCCUUGGCGUGCGACAACCUCUUGUGCGACGGUCACGGCCGGCCCCCGAACCCAGUACUCGAGGUCGACGUCCAGACGUGCCACACGAAGACCUGGGUGAAGUACGGGCGUACCGAAGUGGUCGAGCGCAGCAGUAAUCCCGGCUUCCUAACGACCGUCAGCUUCCGGGCGAGCGACGGGCUAACGGCCGAGUGCAAGCUCAAGAUCACCGCCUACGACGUCCGCGAACGGGUCAGCCAGACGGCCACGCCGAUCGGCAGCGCUGUCAUGACCUUCAAUGCUGUGCAGGACACGCCGAGGCUGAGGAUACCUCUGAAAUCCGCAAAAGCCACGACAGUCGGGUUUCUGACGAUCAGCGUGUGGAACCUAGAGGCCGAGGACAAGGGCAACAGCACCGAGAGCACACCCUCGAGAAACGUGCCAAACGCGAACGGCAACCAAAUGUAUUGCCACAGACGCUCCCAGUCGCUUCCGCCCAGAUUGGGCACCAAAAUAAAGCUUCCACACCAGGGCCAACUUAAACUUCUUUUUGCCAAUCCUUUUAUACAAACUUACAGAUUUCAUUCCGGUUUGGGUGGUGAUAUUUGCGUUCACGAGACGAUGGCCGAAAGCAAGCUGUGCUUCCAGUUUCCACAACAGCUACUGGGACUUUGGAUACAGGAGGAAAAGGAACUCCUGCAAGAGGUGGCGGGCAUGGGUGAGCUGCGCGAACCCUGGCAUACGAAGCAAGUCGAGCUGCUCGAUCGUCACCUGCACUUGCUACACUUGUACUCCCAGGCCAAGGAAAAUUUGGCUGCUUUCAAAGGGAGCCAUUUUAAACAGUCCUCCCGAAAGAACGACAGGUCGCUCGAGUUUGCGCCCCUGAAUUUACAUUUGCAGAGAAUGUGGGUUCACAACGACACGCUCAACAAGUGCGGUCUCUACGAUUUCAUCAGCGUCGGUGCUUUCACCGCCCACUCGCACAAGACCAAAAAUGGCGGACUCUUGAGGCUGGUGCAGGCGCUAAAAGAGUCACCGAUGCGCGGCAGCCAACUGUACCAGGGCACGUCGAAAAUAACAAUGGCCCACGACGCGAUACAGGCGAUAAAGCAGCUUCGCCGCGACGUCGUUGAAGCGAUGCGCUCGCUCAUGAAGCUAGCCAAGGAGAAGCAGACCAGCGGCAUGUUGCCGAUCUGCGAGGACAUGGUUUCAAAGACACGCAUUUUACUGAGUCUUUGGGAUCCUGGCCUCGUCGAGGAAGCCUUGACCUUUUUGGAGGAGCACAAGGUCGCCAAGGUGCAGGAGGACGUCGUCGGCAGCGACGAAUCGCUAAGCCUCGAUUUCCGGGUCAACCAGUCGCUGUCACCGUUCAAGCGCAUCACCCAGCAGCUCAACUUUGACCUGAGAAGUCCAGACUUUGACGAGUUCGUCACCCCCGACACACCCGAGUGCGUUCAGGAUAUGUGGGCCAAGGAGAGCGCGAGGAGUAAGUUUGUUGGCUUCGGCACGCGCGACAUCAACGUCAUUGCACAGAAGCAUCAGUCGAACGAGAAUUUCGUGAUAUUUCCCGAGGUUGACGACGAGCCGAAAGAAGCUGAUACGGCCGAGUACGCGGACAAUGAGACGUUGAGAAACGAGGAUAACAGUUAUAAUAACGAGGACGACGAGAGAGCCGACUACGAGCGCGCGAGCGAUCUCGACCCGAGCAAGCGUUUCCUCGACACUCAGAAAAUGUGCAACUCACCUUCGGCCAACUACUACAAGCCAACAGACGAGCCCGAGCCCUGGGACCUUACACAACUGAACAUUGAAGCGAGUGUCAUGUGUCUCGUGUCAAAGGUCAAGUUCUUGUGUGGCCGUUGCAGCAGUCCGGCUGUUCGAUUGCGCAACAAAAACGGUAUGGACCGCAAUCAGACUUUAAAAGGUUGUCUAGUGAACAACAGGAACAACGCGAGCGCAGUGGUGACGAUUCAGCCAAAGAAUGGUCUGAAGACCGAGGAGGCGAGUAAGUUACUGGAGAACGGCGCGCAGGAGAGAUCCAUAUUGGAUAAGCAGUGCUCGGCUGUGACUAAGGCGAAAGAAGGUGCAACUGUGAUUUAUUGUAAUGCAUCUUCCAAUAAAGUGUGCCAAGCUAUGGACUCGAUGACCCGUGUGAUCAAGAGCAACUCGACGCAGCAGAGAAACAAGUUCACGGAGGGUCUUGACUUUGCGUCCAUCGUCGAUUGGACGAGUGAACUGAGACCGAGUAUGAAAAAAUUGCGUCAAGCGAUGGACGGCUUACUAAAGACUGCAAGACUGACGCACUCGGUUUUCCGAGUUCAAGAGGAUGCCAAAACUGCACAACGAGUGUGCAACGUUCGCUACAGACGGGACGUGUGCUUCAGCCAAGCGUUGACAGCGCUAGUUUCUGGACUAAUGGCGAAACUAUGGUGCCAACGACCUGAUCCAAUGUUUUUACUGAUUCUCACUACUCUGGGUCCACUAGUGUCUUUCGAGGGUUUAUUAAGUUACUAUGGGAAUGAAAUUGACAUGUGGGGAGAUAUGGCUGUUGCGGUCGAGGACAUGCACACGGUCACUUUUACCCUAUCAAGGUGUGGAAUCCAAACGAGUCGCAUAGAUGGAAAGCCAAAAGCCACGCAAUUCCCAACGCCGCGAGUGAUAGGUUCGCGAACGAAUCUUACGGUACUGUUGCCGGUGCCUGAUGCCAUAUACUCCUUACUACCUCUGAUGUCGUCGUCCAAGCAGACUCUUUCAUUCAACGUUACGCCUGUGUUCUUCAACAUUGGCAUCAAUGAAAUGGCUUCUCUAGCUGAGAGUCUUGGCACCACGAAGCCACAAGAAAAGAGCAACGUUGAUAACUUUGAUCGACUGAACGAGUAUUAUUUGAGAUUUAAGAAGCUCAAUUUGCCAACCGAACCUGCUUCCGCCAGAUUUGGAACGAGAUUGGCUUUGAAUCAGACCUUGGCUGACAAGAUGGCUAAUCUGAAAAUUUGCGUUCACGCUAGAACAAACAAAAACGUCGAGAUUCUACAGCUAUCCUCACACAUUUGUAGACGAAUGCGGGGACUAAGGUUCACUAGUUGUAAAAGCGCGAAAGAUCGCACCGGGAUGUCCAUUACGUUAGAGCAAGUGAAUAUUCUUGCAAUGGAGUAUCAUUUGGCAGAGCAUGAGAUUCCAAAAGCUUUGGAGUGUAUGCGAAGUGAAGGAUGUCGGAGAGAAAAUACGUGGAAAAACAUAGGCGUCAGAAAAUAUGCAUUCAACAGUUUACAAAUCUUAACGUUUCCGAAACAGUAUCGUCCGCCUACUGGCACUUACGGCUCAACUCAGACUUAAAUUCUAUGUUAAAUAACAGAGGAUAUAUAUGAUAUUUUAAUGUCUCAUUGUACAGGCUAGUUUUCCUUUUACUUUUUUUUUUCUUUAACAUACCGUAGUUAUUGCAUAUUCGUAAAAAAAGGAAAAUUAUAAAGUUUGGACAACUAUAGGUUUUAGAGCAAACAUUUUAUCGUCAAAAUCUUUUCUCUAAAAGGUGCUAUUAUUUAGGCUGAUUUGUUGGUACGUCUUGUAACAAGCAUUGACCUUUAUAUUAAUGAGUAAAAGUGUCGAGGCGUAAAUGUGUAAAUUCUUUAAAUUAUUUAAUUAUUGUUGAUUGUACAAAAUUGUACAGUGCCAUUGUUUUCAUGCAUUGUUUCAAAGAGGUAAAAGAAAAGAAAAAGUUUUUUUUUAAUGUAAUUUAUUAUAUGAGAUUACAGGGAUAUAAAUUUAUUUAUUUAUCUGUCAUGUAAAUAGGAAGUAUUAAUGAAUUCCGCUAUUUAUAUAAACAUUAAUAUUAUUACUAUUGCUAUUAAACGUUUUUAUUUAUUUUACGUUUUUUUUAUUUACAAAAGUAGUAUUACAUCCGAAUGACUAAUAAAGAGCAAUUGAAUGAUACAAAAAACGUAUUUUAAGUCUGACAGCACUUUCUAAACUAACUAUAACUAAAAAAAUAAAGGAAAUUUUUCAGCCAACUAUUGUGCAAAAUUUUUCAAUUGCGUAAAAAUGA